UUAUUCCCCUUUAUUGCCUCGUUUAUUAAGACUGAUUACCGUCGGUCACGAAUCCGUAGAGAAAUUUCGUAUAUUAAGUCGUCUGGACCAAGUGUGAGAAAUUUACCAAAAGAUUAUUAUUACUCGGGUUCAAAGUGCUAAAUUAUGUGACCUUAAGUCAGUGAAAGUCUGCCAGAGGUAAUUACUUAACAGAACGCUUAGAGGUUAAUCGCUGCAUGCUGUCUUUGUACUGUAACCAUAUUAUAAUAUCAAGUACGUAUGAAGAUGUUGAAAAUAGAAGGGAAUGCGUUAACUUUCGCGCAUAAACAGUUUUUAAUGAUAAUUUUUUUUUAAUUUUUAACAAACUCUUUAUUCACUGCCUACUUGACAUCUACGUAGUGGAUUAACCUAACCUAAGCAGCUGUCCACGGUCAGACAGUGAAUUUCUUAAAAAUAAGCAAGAUUCCUGGUGGCCAAAUAUAUAAAUGACACUUUUUGACACUGUAGUAGUGUCUACUUGAAUAAGAAAUUUCAAAUGACAUUGGUAGUACUUUACGAACCUAACGUACUACCUACUACAAUUGUCAAAUUGCCCGCGAGAUUUGAACAGUUCCUUGCUCCUCUUAAUGGAAUAACGAGUAACAAAUUGUCCUCGAGCCCCGUGAAAUCAAUGAAGUCACAGUCUUUUCUGCUAUUCAUUAUAUUGUUGAAACCACUUUGCGGAAUCACGCCUUGUUCAAGAUGCUAAUAUAAGAGAAGAAAAAAAUAAAAAGAAACUAAGUCCAACAAUAAGUGUGAACAAAAAAUAGCGUGUCCCACAGCCUGAGAACGUAAUGUAAUACGGGCAACAGCAAGCAUGAAUUGUUUCCUUUAAUUGUCCAGUGGAAUUUAGUUAAUUAAAACAAAUUACGACCAUUCAGUAAAAUUCACAUUAUGGAAUCUCGACAUAAUUCGCUAUUGUCCCUGAAUGACUGGCUGACCUUCAGCAUUGACAAGAGUUCGCUCUCCUUUUCACUCUUUCAUAAAAUCUAAUGAUAUUUUAUUUGUUUAACAGCACAAACAAUAAUUAUCAUUCGUUCUAUACAGUGUGCAAAGUAUAAAAGAACACAUUAAUAAUGCACAGCAAUGCAGGACACGAAAUUCGUGCGAAUGCGACGUCGAAAAUAUUCGAGGACAUUAGGUCAGCCGGUACUGUAGAUCGCAUAUAAAGCAGCCUAAUGCAACCGAUAAAAUCGUCGCCAACUAACGGAAACGGACUAUUGGGUUAGACGAGAUAAGAUCGUUAACCUUGUUGUAGUACUUGUAAAGUAUCAUUGUCAUCAAAUAAUGACGACAUUAACCAUCAUGAAUAUCUUUUACCAUGUACCAUAUGCUACUGUCAUCGAUGACCUAUCUACAUUUUUUCUUACAAGAAACACGAGAAAGAUUUAUAAAUUAUGAAACAUGCCAAUUAACAAAUUAACAUUACCAUCACGUUCCUCAUGUGUGAUCCAACGUUCUUCCCUUCGUUCAAUCCUCCCAGUAUCCAAUUAUAAUUGACACAUGAAAUCACUGAUAACAACUCCCACGUGGAUAUUGAGGUAGCAUUACUUCCAUUGUAUAUAUGGCUAUCUCAGGUAUACGCACAUGUACUAUAUGAGAAUCGUUGGGAACGUGAAUGAGGUCCCGAUCUUCCACGUCGAUUCACAUAUGUACCUAUAAUACAUACGUGCACGAAUAUACGUAUAGUUACGGAUUAUAUUGUACGUCGUUCGAGGUAUGUAGGUCAGGAAGCCGGCGUUACUAACAAGUAACUUAACUCGUAUGACACCGCUAACUUUCGUCGGAAAGAAUUUUCGUUUGGACUAACGAAAUACGUACGUUGGCUCUUCAUUCAAAUAAAGACGAAUACAUAGUCUGAGUGGUUUUUUAAAAAUACUUGUAAUUACUCUUGCCCGUGUGCAAUUGAUGGUCGAUAUUUAAUUGGCUCGAGAGACACCAUGAAAACUCAAUGCAAUUAACAUGGCGCAUCUUACAGGAACGAGUAUUGGCUCGAGCCACGUGCGCUGCGGUCGAUAGCCGUUGGAUCGAUUUAAAUGAGUGAACGAGAAUCGUAACCGCAGGUGGUAACGCAAAGUGUAAUGUAACUCAAGUUGGUAAUUGGCUCGUUAAUCGAGAAGCCAAUUAACAGUCUUGCAUCGGACAGAAAAAAUUGGUGUACUACUUUGCUGGUCCUAUCUACGAAAACAAUGGAGCAUCUCUUGACUCUGGUGGCAGUUACAAAAGUUACGAACAAUCGUUACGGUUGGGACAGGUCGAUAUUUUUAUUGAUUUAAAAAAAGCUUUUAUAAUGUUCAUCCACUGAUCGUUCACUGGAUUAAUUUAUCCGUUGUGAGUAAACAAUCAAUUUUUUUUUUUUAUAGUCCAUGCGCCAUUGUAUUUAUUCACACAUUAAUCAAUAUUCCUUUACAAACUUUAUUUCUGUGAACAUUUACGUUUUCUUUCUAUGUAGGUAGAGUCACGAUUAACUCGUAUAAGGAAGUUUGCUAUGAGGGUUGCCUGAUCCGGUUUAGGGUGUCGCGGUUGGCUGAUCGUCGUAGGUAGACAGAGUUUCCUGUCUGUUUGAUUCCCGCCUUGCUGCAUGAUCCAUGCCUAUUUAGUUUACGUUGGUAAUACCGCGUCUAUGGGUAAGCUUUUAAAUUCACUGUGAAUACUGCGAGGAUGAUUGCGUCUCGUUCUAUUGCAUACAGGUAAACAGAGACGACACGAUACUAGUAGAUACUGGCAGUGAAUUUCGGAACGUACUCUACUAUGGCCUGUCAGUUCGUGUUACUCGAUAGCCGUAAGGAUAUCAAGGAGGCUAAUCAACCAGCUGAGAUACCGAUUAACAAUUAAAGUGAUGAUGUGUAAUUAUUGUUACAUGACGAUCGGUAAUAUUAUUAUAGAAAAUAGAGAAAAGUCAUGAAACGAAGACGUGUAGGGGGAGGUUCAGAGGUGGCAGAACAGUGUGGCCUGGAUUCCAAGGUUCGUAGGCAGAGGACGAUAGUCAGUCACAAAGUCAGCCUCGUUCCUUGCAACCGGCACACCGGUAACUGGAGAGUGGUGGCAGACAACAUCACAGGUGGGGAGUGAGUAGGUACGAGAACGUACAACACCUGGAUGACUUCCUGCCACAGCGAAGCACUUCAGUCUUCAAGAUCCACCACUGUCGAUCGGUACUUCGGUACGCGUACAAUUACGGACUAUCCGUUUGAUACAUAACGGCUUCGUCAGGAAGAUUGUCUUUUAGGUUAAGCUUGUAUUAGACAAUUGAAAUUAUGCCGCGCGGCUAAGUGCAUCUAUACUGUGAAUAUAUUAAAUUGCAACUGGACUGUGCCUUCAAACGUGGUUCAUUGGAAUUACUCGUAUACAUUGGGAACAGCUGAAAACACUGACAUCCAAAAAAAGAACCUCGAGGGAGGAUCGCAGAUCGUGAACGUUUCGAGGUUCAUCCGUAGGAUCAAGAAGAUGGGACUACUACGGAUUUUUCUUGGUUUGGUCCUAUUUGGACUUACGGCACAAGGAAGUAGAGCCACGAGAUGCGGUUACCCUGGUGCACCUGCUCACAGCAUCGUACGCUUCACUAUUCCCGGUAUGGAAGAUAUCAUAGACGAAGAAGAGGCAUUGCUGAAGGACCCGUCUUUUCCGGAAGGCGCUGUUGCUACUUAUUACUGUGACAGAGGAUUCGAGCUUCUUGGUCCUGCCAGAAGACAGUGUCAGCAUGAUGGUUCAUGGACUCCGGAAGGCAUACCGUUUUGUGUUCUCAACGUAGCCGGUGGUAAAGCACCGAUGCAAUCAAGCAGUGCGGAAGGUGGAAUACCACAAAGGGCCGUAGAUGGAAGCAGCGGGCAACUUUACACGCCACAAACUUGUACACUAACGACAGCAGAGCCACGACCCUGGUGGUACGUCAAUCUCCUGGAACCAUACAUGGUACAGUUGGUACGACUGGACUUUGGCAAACCAUGCUGUGGCAAAGGCAUUCCUGGCACCAUAGUUGUUCGGGUUGGUAAUAACAGACCGGAUCUUGGAACGAAUCCUAUUUGCAAUCGAUUCACCGGCCCACUGGAAGAAGGACAGCCGUUAUUUUUACCUUGCAAUCCUCCGAUGCCUGGAGCAUUUGUCUCUGUCCAUCUUGAAUCCGCUACGCAGGCGCCCAUUCCUGUGCAAUUAUCCUUAUGCGAAGCUUUCGUUUAUACCGAUCAGGCACUACCCAUUGAACGGUGUCCACAAUUCAGAGAUCAGCCUCCGGGCUCCACGGCAACUUACAAUGGAAAAUGUUACGUUUUCUAUAAUAGACAGCCACUCAACUUCAGGGACGCCUUGGCGUUCUGCCGUGCACGUGGUGGAACUCUUGUGGAUGAGAGUAAUCCUGCACUGCAAGGAUUCAUCUCCUGGGAAUUAUGGAGACGUCACAGGAGCGAUACCUCGAGUCAAUAUUGGAUGGGCGCUGUGAGAGAUCAAAAGGACAGAAGCGUAUGGAGAUGGACCGGAAGUGGAGAAGAAGUUUCCGUUUCUUUCUGGAGCCUUCCUCAGGGAUCGGAGGAAGACUGUGCUAGAUAUGACGGAAGUCGUGGAUGGCUUUGGUCCAAUACACCAUGCUCUGCACGUCUUAAUUAUAUCUGCCAACAUCAACCGAGAGCUUGCGGACGUCCUGAACAGCCACCGAAUUCCACAAUGGUCGUAGCAAUUUCGUCGGACAGAAAUUCCAGUGGAAGUUACGAAGUUGGAGCAACUGUAGAGUACAGCUGCAAUGCUGGCAGUUUACUCAUUGGUCCCGCGACUAGAACUUGUUUGGAUACUGGAUUCUACAACGAAUUCCCACCUGUAUGCAAAAAUAUAGAAUGUGGUUAUCCAGCAAGUAUAAAGCACGGAGAGUACACUCUGAUAAACAACACUGUAAGCUACUUGAGUCAAGUACUAUACUCUUGCGAGGAUGGAUACGAAAUGACAGGCCGAGCACGACUUACUUGCGAUAUUGACGAACGUUGGAACGGUCCUCCACCCCGUUGCGAACCGAUCCGUUGCGAGCCUCCAUCAGCUGUACCACACAGUUCUAUCGAGGUGGAAGAAAUCGACGCAGAAAAAAAUAUAGCUAGUAAUAACAGAAGUCUACUUGUUGGCAGUAUUGUUACUUACACUUGUGAAAAGGGAUACAAGCUUGUUGGUAGCAGACAGAUACUUUGUUUAACAACUGGAUUGUACGACCAUGCAGCACCUGCUUGUGCAGAAGAACCCCGGACGACCAUUAACAUCCCCUCUAGAGCAACUGUUCGACCAUCCACCACUCGGGGUCGACCAUUGAUUCCUACUAGACCCAGGACUACUACCGUAGCUCCUGCAACAAGUACAACUAGUUUUAUACCUACUCGUAAAGUUAUUGGCGGCCCGGAACUUCCGGCCACAGUGAAGGAGACCACUGCAAGAAGACCAACUGUUGGAUUACAAAAACCACCAUCAGUUUUGAAUGACGAGAGUAGCGACCAUCCUCAGGAUAAUGAGAUAUCCGGAAGUGGUGUUGAUAACGCUCAAGCAGAACUUGCAGCUGGUGUACCAGAACCUUCCGGUCCGUUCAGAGUAGACAGUGCUGAUCAGCCUGCUAAUACUCAUCAAGCCAAACUGAACCUGGGAGCUGUUAUUGCACUUGGUGUCUUUGGAGGAUUUGUCUUCCUGGCUGCAGUGAUCACGACUGUUGUUAUCCUUAUACGCAGGAAUCGUGGUAGAAGCAGUAAACAUUAUCGUCACCGAGCAUCCCCAGAUUGCAACACAGUGGCCAGCUUCGACAGUAGCUCCUCGGAGAGUCGAGGUGGACUGAACCGUUACUAUCGUCAAGCGUGGGAGAAUCUACACGAGACAGCUGGACCUAAAACAAAUCAUAGUCCUCUCCGUCGUAAAGAGACCCUGGAUGAACCUGGAUACCGGGAGAACUAUCGCGGAAACAAUACAGAACGUGAUGAAUCGGAACUUGUUGUUAGCGACGUAGCUGCCUACCCAUCAGGCAAGCAUGCUAGUGUAGCGGAUAAGAAACGUCAUCAUCAUCAUCAUCAUCAUCAUCACGGUAAUACCAGCUCGGACUGGAGACAAUCUCAACCCCAUCACAGAUACUGAAGACACCGUAUAUAACCGACAAGAUUCUCAUCUCCGAAAUAGUAUCCUGUUUUCAUAUGGAUUCUAAAAAGAUUGCCGUGGGUUUUUUUUAAAUUAUCAAUUCCAUGGGCUAUGAGACUAAAAUUUAUAUGUACGGAAAUGUUGGGCUCACUUUCUUCCACGUGUUUUUCUUGAUCUUGCGAUUGAGGCACCGUGGCCAAUGAUUUAUUAUACUUGAGAUCAGCAAGGGAUCGUCCUACGUUUUCAUGAUCAUUUUUUUGGUAGAUUUUUAAUGCUAAACAAUUCGUUAACUUUUAUGUAAAUAUGUGUCAGGCAAAAGUUCUGAAUGUCUAAAUUCCAUUACUGAUUCCUUGCUAGUGCAAAUAAGCGGCUGAGAACUGGUCAGAGGACAUGCCAAAAAAAAAAUAGAAAAGCAGAAAGAGUAAUAUAUACAACGAACGUUGAAUAUUUUCAAUGUAUUUUUUUAAGUUAGGAAUAGGCAUGCAUUAGGUCAUCGUGAGCUAUAUUCUUUUUUUUCCGUUUAAUUAACAAUGUUUUCGUACACUCUUUAAUUACAACGAUUUAAUCAAUGACGAUGGAAUCUGUUAUGGGCACCUUGGCCUCGCCUUGACGAAGCUGAUAAGAGUAGAUAAGAGAGCGAUAUUUUCAAUCAUUUAUAUAUUAAGGGAAGGCCGAUGUUACCCAUUCAGGAGAAACAAAACAAGGAACGAAAAUGGUUAUGAUUACAUAUAAAUAAUUUGACACGAAUAAUCGCCGUUCGAUGAAGAUAUUGGGUGGGAUUAUUUGAUUGAAUUGACAGCCUAAUUUGAAUGGAGAAAUUUGACUAUAUUCAUUGUUACUCUGGAUUACUUUUGGACAGUUGAAAUUUAUGUUGUGAUAAAUAUUAAUGUUCUUUACGGGAUCCUACCCAAUUAGAUCUAUAUGAGUAUGUGAUUCAUCAGACAAUGAAUAUAUUUUUUUUUUAUUAACUGACUGAAUGACGUUAUUCAUAACGACUUUUUUUAUUCGUAUUUAUUCUCAAUCCAAUAUUCAAGGUAAAUUAUGGUAGUGCCAUCUCGGGCCAUUUUACCUGAAUAUAUGAUCUUGUAUAUCCAUUAGUUGCGUGUAACAUGCUCUGCUGCGUGAGGCGUGCGUGUGUGGCCAAGGAGGAUUGUUAUAUAUACCGUUAGUUUUAUUAAUUAUAAUGUAUGUAUUAAUUAGAAUAAAGAUAUUUAUGUAAUCAUA